AUGUUCCCUAGUGAGUUGAUCUUUUGUGCCGUGUUGCUAUUAUCACCGGUGAUACAUGGCAAUGAACAAACGCUCCCCUACGACCGGACAUCGAUAGAAGAUUGUGGGCUACGGUUCUACAAACAAACAUUUACCAAGGUAGCAUUUCCUGCAGGAGGACAACCUGUGUUAUUGCGCGAGUUUGCCCAUAUUGCGGCGAUUGGAUGGAUCAAUAACGGUAGCAAACGUUGGCUCUGUGCUGGAUCAUUGAUCUGGGAAAACUUCAUCCUUACUGCGGCGCAUUGUGCAGCCGACGAGAACAAUAAUCCUCCAGACAUCGCUCGGUUUGGCGAUAUCAACAUCAACAGCGACGGUGAUGACGAAUUUGCUCAGGAAUUGGAGAUCGUUGCAAUCAUCCGUCAUCCCCAACAUCGGUUUAGUUCGACCUAUUACGAUAUUGCGCUGAUGCAGCUGGAGAGGGGUGUUGUAGUUACGGACACUGUUGCACCGACCUGCCUGUGGUUGGAUGAUGAGAUACGCUUCCCGAAACUGUUAGCAGCCGGUUGGGGUAGAACCGGAGUUGGUGAGGAACAAACAGACAUCCUGCUGAAGGUGGAACUAGCCCUAGUAAGUAACGAGAAUUGUUCCAAUUAUUAUGCUGGAGGCGAUCGCUCUUUACGGGACGGACUUAUGGAUCAUCAACUUUGUGCAGGUGAUGAAAAGAUGGAUACAUGUCCGGGAGACUCCGGUGGGCCACUUCACGUGAAGCUUUUUGAUGGCUGGAAACUGAUCCCGUUUCUAGUUGGAGUGACAUCCUUUGGAAAGGCUUGUGGUUUAUCUGUGCCAGGUGUAUAUGUAAAGGUGUCCUCGUUCGGGGAUUGGAUAAUUGAAACUCUUCAGCAGCAUGGAGAACACGUUUCGGACUACCAUUUCCAGCCAACAGUUUGUACUAAUCGCUAUCAAAAGUUUCGAGAGUACAAGCCAGAUGUUGUGACUGUGGACCACGGUGUAGAAAUGGUUGAUUGGCAUAAUAUAUACGUAGCCUAUGAAGGUAGUGACUAUAUCGUAAACUUUGGAUGGCCAAUUACGACUGGCCCAGUGGAUAGCGAUUGCUUUGGAACGCUGGUUGAACCUAACGUUGUGGUGACGUUGGCGGAAUGCAUACUAAGUACUGAGUCAUUGCCAACGCAAAUUAUUCUGACAGAUGCGAACAUAGUAGACAUCGCGGAAAUCGUCGUGCACCCCUUGUACAAUUCGUCCUCCAACCCGUACUACAACAACAUCGCUGUGGUGAAACUGAAAACAUUCGCAAAAAUACUACCAUACUGUGUGUGGUAUGGUGAAUCCAUUCCGGACCGACAGUUAUUAGUUACAGGAUAUACACUGUCAACAUUCCUUUUUCUGAUAGAACUUCAUUACAGCAAGUUAAUUACUCGUGUCUGGAAGCAGUCGCAGGACCAGUGUAACCUGCCUCGACAAUAUUCUGAGCGUCUUCCACAGGGUUUGCUGAGCGAGCAUAUAUGUUACGAGAAUCAGCCAUUCUUUGUCCCUGGUGGGUGCAUUUCAUUACCAGGGAGUCCAAUCGAAAGGAAUGGUGGUAAAUAUAUUUACAUCGAUGGGAUUCAUUUGUUUGGACGCGACUGUGGAUACGGAGAACCGGCGGUCGGUGUGCGAUUGAGUGCACAUAAGGCGUGGCUGGAAUCGGUGUUGCUUCCCCAACCGCAGAGAAGCGAAGCGUUGGUGCACGUUGAUCCAGAUUUAGAUGUGUCAGACACAUGCAGGUAUGCUGAUCGCACUACUGGAACUUGCACUCCUCAGCAAAAUUGUCCAGCUAUUCAUACACGUGUACAAAACAAGCAACAGCUAUUGUUCUGUAAACGUACAUCUGUUGUAUGUUGUCCCGAGAAAGCUACCAACCUGGAGACUACGGCUAUAGAAAGGGAAUUCAAUGAAUGUGAAGAGCGAUAUAGACACCUCAGGACAAACCGACAGGAAAAUACAACACAUAUCGUGGAGAUAGGAUGGCAAGAGACAGACAAAGUAAAGUACGACUGUUACGGAUACUUGAUCAGCACUCGGGGUGUUGUUACUUCUGCAUCUUGUGUACUAGAAAAGACCAAACUGCCAAAUCUAGUACGAUUGGGAGGCCUGGGAUUCUUCGGCGGUUCUCAAACAAUUCGAAUCGAGAAAGUAGAAACAUACCCAAACUACAACAAAACCAUUCAAGAGAAGAACAUCGCAAUAGUGAAGCUCUCAUCGCCCGUUGAACCAACGCAGAACGCAUAUCCGGGAUGCUUGUGGCAGAAUGUCAGCCACUCACCUUUGAUACAACAAGUGUUGGAUUUUGCGUCCAUGUACAACGAUCCCAUUCAUCCGAUGUAUAAAAGUGAUUGUGAAAUUAUUUUAAAUCGAUCAUUCGACCAACCGGAAUCGAUUUGCAUGAAUCCCGGAGUGCAGUCGUAUAAUAAUGAUCUAUACCAUUUUGACUUACAGUUAAAUUUUAGUCGUAAUAAUGAGGAUUUUAUAUAUGAUCGCUGCUAUUCCCCUGGAAGUCCGAUCGUAUGGAAGCAUGUUAGUGAUGAAGAUGUUUACGUCGAAUAUCUGGUGAAUGUUUACAGCCACGGAAGUUGCGAUUCCCUCACCCCGCGCAUAGUCAACCGAAUGGCAGCAUACAUUGAUUGGUUCAAGAAAGUUUUAUGA